AACGACUGAGCCUCUUGGACUUGUUGAUCGGAAGGUCGGCAGUUCGAAUCCCCGCGACAGGGUGAGCUCCCGUUGCUCUGCCCCAGUUCCUGCCAACCUAGCAGUUCGAAAGCACGCCAGUGCAAGUAGAUAAAUAGGUAUACGGCUGUGGCUGGAAGGUAAGCGGCAUUUCAGUGCAGUUUCGUCAUGCUGGCCACAUGACUCGGAAAGCUGUCUGUGGACAAACACCGGCUCCCUUGGCCUGGAAGCGAGAUGGAAAAGUUACAGGAGUUCAGCAGGAAGCUAUGGGGCAUGGGCAGACCAGAAAUGGAGCCAUAGGUCUUAACCUCAUCAUGCAUUGACUAGAGCGAAGCAUGCAGGUUAAUGUGAAGCUGAAUUUCCCACAGUACAGUCAUACCUCGGUUUAAGUACGCCUCGGUUUGAGUAUUUUCAGUUUAAGUACUCCGCGGACCCGUCUGGAACGGAUUAAUCCACUUUCCAUUACUUUCAGUGGGAAAGGUCGCUUCAGGUUAAGUACGCUUCAGGUUAUGUACGGACUUCCAGAAGCAAUUACACUCAUACUUCGGGUUAAGUACGCUUCAGGUUGAAUACUCCGCGGACCCCGUCUGGAACAGAUUAAUCCACUUUCCAUUACUUUCAAUGGGAAAGUAUGUUUCAGGUUAAGUACGCUUCAGUUGAAGUACUCCACAGACUGUCUGGAAUGGAUUAAUCCACUUUCCAUGUCACGGUCUGGUCGGCGGGUGGUGAAAGCCCUGGCUGAGGACGUCAGGACCAGAGGCAAGAUGGUGGUGUAGAAGCAGGAACAGGUGCAGGGCUGAGGGUCCAGCAGCAGGCAGUCGCAGGGUCAAGGAGCAAGGCAGAGGCGAAGGUCUGGGAGUCAAGGAGCAAGGCGUUGGCAAGGCGAAGGUCCAAGGGUCGAGGCGUCGGCAAGGCAAGGGUCGAGGAUCAAGGCGUUGGCAAGGCAAGAGUUCGAGGAGCAAGGCGUCGGCAAGGCAAGGGUCCAAGGAUCGAGGAUCAAGGCGUCAGCAAGGCAAGGGUCCAAGGAGCAAGGGGCCAGAGGCAACCAGGCAGGGAUAGCAUUGCUGUGGCAAAGAGCUGAAGGGAAAUGCUGAGCUUUUAUCCCUCCCAGCUCCUGCCACCAGGUGCAGUGAGGUAUCAAGUGGCCCCACCUGGGUGACCACUCCUUGCCUCUCCAGCACAAGCUGAGGCCUCACCUGAGUGACCACUCCUUGCUCCUCCAGCACAAGCUGAGGCAGGCCCCAGUCCUGCAAAGCACUACAGGCCCCAGAGCCUGACUCCUGCCCAUACUCCUGACAUUCCAUUACUUUCAAUGGGGAAGUUUAAGUACACUUCAGGUUAAGUACAGACUUCCGGAACCAAUUGUGUUUGUAAACGGAGGUACCACUGUAUAUUGCCUCACGAUAUUGGAUGCAACAGUUGUGGCUACUGAUAUUUAUUUAUUUCGGUAUUUAAAUAUAAAUAAGUGAAUCCAGGAGUUGUUGCUGAAAGCCAUCCUGGUGCUAUCUGGAACUGGGCAGACAUCAUUUGGAGUGUAACAUACAUUCUGGAUGCCAUACAUCCAGAAUUUCCCAGACAUAGUUGGGAUUUGGCAGUCGGAAACAGUGCCGGGCGGAAAUAGCUUGGAAUGUCCGGGGAAAUCCGGACGUACGGCAGUCCAUGUUGGAAGAGUAGAUUUUGGUGAGUUUCCUUUAAAAAAAGCUCAAAAACCUUUUGAGAUUUUGCAAAGCUUCUGUGUCCGGAUUUUCACUUUGUGAAAUAUGGCAACCUGAGUAACGUAAUUGCUGUAACAUAAGCUUAAGAGAGAAACAAAGAUGGAAAAGCGGCCCAGAUAGAAAACUCCUUUUGGCAAGCAAGCCUAAGUAUGCAGGAAUGCCAGUGGAUGGAACAGUGUCAGUAGCAACAUUGGACUCAGUAGGGCUGACUUCUGAGUAGAUACACAUUGGAUUUCCAUGUCAGGCUGUGCUUUAAAAAUUCACUGUAACAUAGAAGCCUGCUGUGGUUUGUACGAGCUAGAAUCCAAGAUCAGCUUCUUAUAUUUACACAACAGAGAAAGGCAGCAGCAAAACCUGGAGAGGGAUAUAAAUAGCAAAAUCAUAAGUCAUAGAUCAUAAAUUGUGGUUCCUUUCAGGAAUUCUGACUCAGUCUGAAAUUGCUUCUUCAAUGACCUAUACCUUUGCUUGGAGACAGGGUGAGAAAUUAAUCCAAACAUGGAUGUCAGAAAGCCCUUGCGUGCCAAAAAGACGAUGCCUCCAGGCUCCCGAAAGCAAGUGAAGAUGCUGCAUGAAAUGAAGGCUGUCGAAGCAGCAGAAAGAUUGGCAAGUGGUACCUCUGUUGUGGAUAAUCAUGUUCAUUUGAAAAGGGCUGAAACAAGUGGCUUAUGCCAGAACUCUCCGGAAGUACCUAACCUUCAACUGGAAUCAAAAGAAACUCUGUUGCACCCUCCAACAUUAAGGGAGUCCGUAACCAAUUUAGUUGUUAAUUCUGAAAUCAGUAUUUAUAACAGUAGUAGUGAAGGAUCCCAAGAUCUUCCCUACAAGGUUCGCACUAAAGAUACUGAUUUUAAGCAAUUUCUGAAUACUGGAACCUUACAGGAUAUACUGUAUCAUUACCUUCAAAAAGAACACAGUUCCCCAUGUAAGCCGGUGGAAGUACACUUGAACUCUGAGCCACUUGCCCAGCUUUCUAGCCAAUCGGAACAUGAGCUUUCAGUCACCUCUCCUAUGCGCAAGAUCCCUGCCUUAGAAAAGGUAACCGAAAUAAAAGGUGAAACGCUUGUUAAGCAAACUAUGCCAGUAUUGGAACAGGAAGGCGACAGAUUCCAGUUGCUUGAGAAAAAUACUAAUUCUUCAGUAUUGCCAGAUGGGGCUCAGAGGAAAAGGAGAAUUUCAGAAACUCAUGAAGGCAUCUUUUCCAAAUGCAUCAAGAAAUCCGAUAAACCCGGAAAGGUUUGUGACAAAAGCUCAGAGAAAAGACAUCAUGCGUUGGAACAGGUCAAGUGCUUUAUUCAAAGUCAGCUGGACAGUUCUCUGAAAACCUUGGAUCACAGCCUCGAACUUCUAAACCAAAGAAUCGACCACACGCAGUGCCUCCAGAAGAACGAAGCGAUAGCUAUUAAAAUUGUAAAGAAAAUCUCUAGGCUUGACAGGCGCAUUGAUGCUAUAAUAAGAAGCCAGAAGAGAAAAUCAUCUAGAAAUGCCCUCCCUACAAGAGCACCUUUGCAAAAUGAAACACUAGAUUGCCCCAGCCCUCAACAUGGCAAUGCAAACAGCAUGCCAGCACUGUCUAAAGAGACACCAUCCAAUCUUAACAAAACUAUCCCUAAAAACACAGAAAGCUCUGAAGACAUUAUAUGCAUUUCUUGGGUGAAAAAAAGCUCAGACGUGGGAACGGUGAAUCCUACAGGUGUUCAGCAGAAAGAAGCUUCUGUAAAUGCCACUACUUCAGCUGAAACUCCAUGCAACUCUAAGAACUCAUUGUUGAUUGAUUUGACUGAUGAAGGAGAUGACAGCAACAAAGAUGGGACACCUUCUUCUUCCCAAUAUUGUGCUACUAAGAAAACCAAUUCAACCGUAGAAAGCCUGGUCCCAAAUCAUCCUCAGCCUGUGGUGCAAUCAUCAAAUCAGGUCCCUGAAGCGUUUCGGCACCUCCCUCCAUUACCGCAAGUCGAGCAGCAGCUGGACGCCCUUCGUCCUCAAAAGCUGCACCUCACUGUGGCUCAGGUGGAGAACCCUAAAGGCUUUGGGCUGCGGUGGUGGCUCAGCAAGGUGCAGCCAUGGUUUGCCCCUCUAGACAGCUUCCACUUGUUCGCUUGCCUGGAGACCGUCGGUAAAGGUGUGCCGACCAGCUGGAUGAAGGUGUCGGAAAUUAAGGCCAUGCCUCUCCCCAUGGCUUGCUCAUUAGCCCGGUUUCCUGAUUGCUCCAAGUGUUACUUUACCAUUCUGUCAAAGGACAUUUAUGGCCGUUACGGACCCUAUAGUGACAUUCAGGCCAUUUCGGUGACGUAGCUCCUGUGGGGGGGGGGGGAACUAGGCUCCUACCUGACAUCUCCUUUAUGUGCCCCUCUUCUCUCUACGCUGCCUGUGGCCGGCGCCAGUUUCAGGGUUCCACUUCCAAUAAGGUUCGACACCUCACUUCUGAGACUUCCCGUUCUCCCGUUCACCUCUUGCCUUUCUGCGAGGGGCACCCUUAACAUUUUAGAUUUUGGAGGGGAGAGAGAAAGGACCUUUGGCUUUGCUGCUGUUGUUACACUGCAACUCCCACCAUCCUGGCCUGUUCACCAUACUGGUGAACAUACUGGUGAACCAUACUGGUGAACAGCUGGGGCUGAUGGGACUUGUAGUUCAGAAGCAUCUGGACUGCUUCGGCCCCUUUCCCCUGUUAGUUACAGUUCCUAUAAGCUCAGACCCCCAAAAUGGUCUCCCUUGCAGGCGUGCUGGGUAGUGGGGGCUGAGGAGUCUUUAGCUCCUCCCCCCCAAAAAAAAUCAAGGAGUCUUCAGCCCCCGCCCCCCAAAAACCCUGUGGUCUGCUCCGCCUCCUCGCCCAAUAUUGCGUGGCUGGGAGGCCAAGCAUAGAGCCCGGUGGCUGCGUUCUGCCUCUUCCCACCCGAUGACGCUGCCUCCCUGCCCAAUGCCGUGUGGGGAGAAGGUCAUUUGAGCGCUGGCAUCACAGCAGCGGAGGCGGGACACCAGCAUGUCCCGGCCUGGCGCGCUAUUUGGGUGAUGCACCCCCCCCCAAAUGUGGGGGGCAAGUUGACAUCCCUGCUCCCUUCAACGUAUUUUCACAUAUCUUAGCGGAAAGAGAUUCAUAAUCCUGCCCACAUGUCCUCGUCUAUGGCCUCUUCCAGAUCUCUCUCCCACGUCACUUUUAGUGUGUCUUUAGCAGAUAUGGAAGUUAGUUCCUUUUGCUUUAUAAAUUAGAAAUGUGGCCUUGCCUGAAGGGCAGGUUUCAAAAGCCAUUUGUGAUGUUCCAAAGCCACCUGCACUACAAAGAAGGCAGAAAUACUCCCCUCCCCCCCUCCCAUUUUUGCAGCUCACAGACCUACAGCUUAGUUAGGGUUACCAGUUUCUAGAUGUGGAAAACUCUCCAGCCAUAUCUGAUCUGCAUUCCUGGUGGCUUUAAAAAAAAACUAAGUUAUACCUGUAGCGUACCUGUAGCUGGUCGCCACUGCUAAAAUUCAUGAUCACCGCUGGCAACUUUCCUUGUGGGUCCCCUGAUUCAUCCAGUUAUACCUCUAGCUGCUUAGUGCACAUAUUUUUAUUUUUAUUUGCUUUUCUUAGUCAUAGGGAAGGAAGGCAAAGCAAUUAAAGCCUUUGAACACUUGAAAUUCUCAAGACGCACAGAGAGGCAUGCCUUCUACCUCCGAGGAUCCAGUCAGCCACUGCUUUCAAGCCUGUCUUCCCCGUUCUGAGGGCUAGAAGGCUGCUUGAGAACGAAAUGAAAGCUGCUAGUCUCAGGACGCUUGGUUGAACUCAGCAGGCGUUUGUGCGCGUGGGCCGUACAAUCCCACCCAGUCCUACCUCUUCUUCAUCUUAAUGUCUAGCAUCUCUUUAAAA